GGCGGCAAACACCGUCCACCGGUCACGUUUCUCGCGUGAACAUGAUUUUCUUUGUGUUCCGCAUCGUCAUGUUCUUCUUGACGAGGUUCCGGCGACUCAUCACCGGACCUGCUCGCUUCCUGCUAGUCAACUCGGUGAUGCUCACGACGUUGUUCUGCUUGUUCUCGAUCGUCAGUUUGGCUGGAUAUGCCUCGGUGUAUCGAGUCCUCGUGCCUACGGUGCAACUGGAGCGCUCCGUCCACUUCAAGUACGCAAUGAGGCCGUGCAAACAGAACGAUCUGUGCGAGCAUCCGAUCGCCAACGUUGUGCUUCCCUCGGAUGGGACGUACCCAGUACUGACAGCCGGGACCGAGUACAAGAUAGAACUAGCUCUCGAACUUCCCGAAUCUGAACCGAACAUGAGGAUGGGAAUGUUCAUGGCUUCAAUUGAAAUGAAGGCUGCCGAUGGAGAUACGCUCAGAAAAGCGCAUCGAUCGACAGUACUCGUCUACCGGAGUAAAAUUCUAAGAAUCCUCGACACGCUACUUGCACUUCCUUCGUUGUUACUCGGACAAGGAAGAGAAAAACAAUGGGUGCGUCUAAUUAUGUUCGACCGUUACGUCGAGCCCUCUUCAAAAUUCACCCAUGGCGCUGCAGUUGAAGUGCAUAAGCCCGACAUAGAAAUUUACUCUGCCAAAUUGCGGAUUCUCGCAGACUUCGGAGGAAUACGAUAUUUGAUGUAUUACUGGCCCUUGACCAGUGCCGCCAUUGGAAUCGGCUUCAACUUCUCGUGUCUCUGGGUGCUCGCUGCUCUGAUUUGGCUCCGCGCUCGAAUACUGACGACUAUGAGGGCAAGCAUCGCGACAAAAAACGCUGCUCACUCCCAAAAGGUGAAAAAUCAACGAGUAUCAAUUGAAGACUCUGCGAGACAAACGAGACUGAAGAGCUCAGCCGGGAAUCGGUCCGAAUCCGGCGGAGACGAUAAAGAUGAGCUGACUCAGUCAGCUGGAAACGAUUCCUCAAGAAGAAGUAUCAGAUCUCCACGAGGGCCAACGUCAAAAGUCGUGUAUGUCCGCUCAAGGGUUGCGGCUCUCAUCGAUCUCGGAUUCUCCUGGAGUCCGCUGCCGCUCCCUCGGUUUCUCGUCAAUGUAUUGCUGGCUGUCGUGAGCCCGGAAUACUCGAGUAAUAAGCACGACUAGAACAUCUGGGGGAGUUCUGACAAUGACAUCGAGAGGAUGUAGUGAAUGACGCGCGCACAAAUAUGGUCACCAAGCCGAACUUGAAGGGAGCUGACAGACUCACGAGGUUAAGUUAUGUGUGAAGUAAAAAUGGUCCAUCGACGGU